AUGUUUGGCUACAAAAAUCUACAAUCCCCCGCCCCCGCCCCAAUUCCGCGAAAGCAGGACCGACCAUCUCAUCCAGUCAGGCUGAAUGCACCAAAAGAAAAGUGCUGCAAGAGCAUUCCAGAGGAGACGUUCCAGCAAUUGGCGCGGACAUACGGAAAGGCCCUGACUAAGCUGGUGUUGCUUGACUCGGAUGCGUGUCUAGGAGCACCAGAGAUGAUCGAGUUUGCACGGCAUUGUCCAGACCUGCGUCAUCUGAAUGUCUCGUGGUUAGAGUCUGUACCGCCCAAGAUCAAUGAUGAGGUGGUGCUCGAGUUGACCUCGAACUGUCUGCGACUCGAGUACAUUUCACUGCUGGAUGCGAACGAGGUCUCGGACGUGUCGUUCCAGACACUUUCCAAGCUCCGGUACCUGCGGAACUUCAUCCUCUGCAAUUCAACCUCAAAACUCGCGCGCGCCUCAGUGGAUCGUAGGGUCAUUACUGAGAGUCGGCUAUAA